UCAGAAUUGAAUUUUUAGCAAUAAAGCGAACUAAACAGCAACAAAUUUUAUAGCUGGCUCACUGACUUUCAUUGACAAAUUGUAAACAAUGGCUGACGGGGAAGAUAUUGAAAGUUCAAUGGACAAACAAUUCGAUGACAACGAAGGUGGAAAGCCAGAUAAAAUGUUCACCUUGAAGAAGUGGAAUGCUGUAGCCAUGUGGAGCUGGGAUGUGGAAUGCGAUAUUUGCGCGAUAUGCCGGGUGCAAGUAAUGGAUAUGACUCAAACUGAGUAUCGCCUGCAACGGCUAGAAAAUGUAAUACAACCGAACAUCGCCAAAUUAAAUGUAGCUACUUGUGCCAAAUAUGUCGCCCAUGUCCAAAGAUUUAUACCAGAUGCGUUAAAUAUGAAUGACAUGUCUUUUUAA